CUGGUGGUUAAGCACCGCAGUUCAACUCUCCCCCUCUUCCCUCUUAUGAAGAUCUGCGAACAAUGACUUAUAUAAAUAUGUUGAUCUUUAAAUUUGAUUUCUCAAAGAUGAUGAAUGUGUCAUUUGUAAUAUUUCUUUCAAUUUUCGUAGUAGUUAUAGGAGACGAAGCAGAAGGUACUGAGAAUGCUGACAAAUAUACUAUUGAAGGUACUGUCAUACCUCCAGAUGUUAUAUCACCCGAAUGGUUGUUAUUAACUAGAGUAUUAGUGAAUGGAGGGGAAAGAAUAGGAUUUUUGAGGAGUGAUGGAAGUUUUCAUGUCACCAAUGUUGAACCAGGAUCUUAUGUUGUUGAAGUUGUCAAUCCCAAUCACAUAUAUGAACCAGCUAGGGUAGAUAUAAAUUCCAAAGGCAAGUUUCGAGCUCGAAAACUGAAUUAUGUUCAAACAAAUUUAGUUCAACAAGUUCCUUAUCCUAUGAAAUUCAAAGUUCGGGCUCCAUAUAAAUACUUCCAGAUUCGAGAAGCUUGGAGAAUCACCGACUUUUUAAUGAAUCCAAUGGUUUUGAUGAUGGUAUUACCUUUGCUACUUAUUAUGGUUUUACCUAAAGUGAUGAAUGCUGCUGAUCCAGAUACUCAGAGG